AUGUAUGAGAGCUUUUUAAAUAAUUUAGAAGAACUAUCUUUAGACCACAACAAUAUUCAUCAUAUUCAUCCAAAAGCCUUUUCAAAUUUGAACAAAUUAACUCAUCUUAGCAUAUCAAAUAACAAUCUCAGUGAAUUAAAUUUAGAUAUUAUUCAAGAUUUAUGUGCUAUUAGGAGUCUGCUACUGGAUGAUAAUAAUAUUGAAUCUAUUGAUAAGAAAAUUAACACUAGCUCUCUGAUUACCCUUCGUAUGAAAAAUAACUCUUUGUUUGGCAGUUUAGAAAGUAAUACAUUACAAGGAUUGUCUGAGCUUCAGUUUGUAGACUUGAGUUUCAAUCAUUUCAAUGAAAUAAAACCUUAUGUCUUAUCACAACAAGAAAACUUGAACACUCUAAAUCUGAGCAAUAAUGUUGUACAUAUCAUUCAAGAGCAUGCUUUUGGAGCAUUGCUCAAUUUGACGACUUUGGAUCUAAGUAACAAUCAAAUUGCUGUGAUUAAAAUAACUGCUUUUGCAAAAUUGAGAAAUCUCAGAGUGUUAAACCUAAGUGCAAAUCGAUUAAGUGCUAUACCUUGUGAAUAUACUUUAGACUUGAUUUCCUUGAAGAAAGUAUUUUUAAAUGAUAACAAUAUAGCAUCUAUUACACCAGGAGCAUUUCAUAUCAGUCCAGGAUUGACAGAAAUAGAUUUGAAAGGCAACACUUUGGAAUGUAACUGUGAACUAGCUUCAUUUGCCAGCUAUAUUAAAAAUUUGACUCAAGAACUGAAAAAUGCUGAUGAUAUUAUUUGUAUUCAACCAUCAUCUAGUGCAAGCGUGUUGUUGGUAAAUUUUAAUUUUGAUUCUUGUCCGGUUAUGGAUUACUGCCAAAAUGUUUCUCUUUUCGAAGAAAAUGAUUCUGAUGAUGAAUAUGAAGAUUAUGAUGAAGAUGAACUAACAACAACUAGUAGUAAAACUGUUUCUUUCAUGGAAUUGGAUAAUGCCACUGUUCCAAUAGAUAUGACCCCAAUAACAGCUUCAACAUUUUCAGAUUCUGACGAUUUUCCGGAAAACAAUACCCUUAAGUUCUCUGAAUCCUCUUUUACUACUGAUAGUAUUGUAGAUAAUAAUAUGACUACUGAUACAACUAUUUAUUCUUCCACAAAAGAAGCAUCACACUCAACUAAUGGCGUAACUCCUACGUAUAGCAUAGUAUCAACUGCUGAAUAUAAAGUAUCAAUUAUCAUUCUAAACUUUUCAGUAGAAAGCAGUGGUUCGUGUAUUAACUGGACUGUGAAUGAAAUGCUACCUUCAGAUGCGCAAUGUAUUUUUAAAUUCUUUACAGCUGAAGGAACAAAAUCUAAAUUGGCACCUUGCCCUAAAUCUGCAUACGAUCCCCAGAAUAAAUGUUUUCCUUAUGGCGAUGUACCAUCAUUUUGCAUCCUUAUUCCUGUUGGUGGGAAAAGAUUCAAGUCUUGUGCUAAUAAUUCAAAAAGCAGCACAGAGAGCACAGUUUAUAGUCAUGCUACACCAACAGUGACAAUGACCAUGGAGCAUGCUUUAGAUUAUUCUGAAAAAAUUAGUACAUAUUCUGUAUCACUGAUACCUACAGAAAAUAUUACUGAGCACAACCUGCCAGAUGUGAAAAUGCACAUACCGCUCGAUUCUGACGUUCCUCAUAAUUUAUUUAAUGUAACUAAAUUUGAUGUGAGAUUCAACUCUAGCAUUGUCUAUGUUCAAUGGAAUGUCUCAAGAAAGGAAUCUGAAUCAUUAUGCAAAUUAACGUUAACAAUACAAUCAGCGCAACGAAAUUCCGAAGAAAAAUUUAGUUGCUCAAAUAAUUCAUUUGUUUUUUUAAAUAAAAAUAAGCAAGAAUGGUUUAAAGUUUGUCUUCAAGUGUUUCAUAAAUUGAAUACCAGCAUUAUGUGCAAAUAUGCAUCAGUUUUGGAAGUAGCUGCAGAAGCAUCAAAGAGUAAAGAUUACGGAUAUCAAACCUCUUCUCUGAUACCUCUAAUAUGCUUAUUUGCAAUUGUUAUGUUUAUAGUGAUACUCAUUGUCAUAAGAAACAUCUAUAAAAAGCAGUUAAUAUCAAAGAGAUACGAUGUUCGUGAAAGAGAGAAAAAUAUUCAACAAACAAUUUCUUCCUCAACAACGGAACAAUCGGUUAGAUAUUCAUACAUUGCCAACAAGCAUAUUUAAGUUUCAAAAAAUGACAUACAUGGAUAUCAUAGAUCAAAUAUUUAUAAUUUUAGAUGAUCAUCCCAUUAAACCACAAAAAAAUUUGUGUUAUAAUUCAUAGUAGUGAUGAUCAUAAAUGAGAGGUUUGCAUAAAAGUACUGGAAAAUUUACUUGAUUCUGAUAUUACAAGAGGUUUACUAGAUUCUGAAAUCAGGAAUUGACUAUCAAAAUUGUUCAACUAAAUGAUUUUUCAAUGAUUAUACAUAUGUCUCUUAUGCUAAUUCUAGUUUGUAGGAUGAUGAAAUAUUUGGUAUGUUACAGUGAAAUUAUUUUAAUAAAUAUUUAU